GAGCAUCAGUUCUGGCAGCUUCUUGCAGACAUCCUUCAGAUUUCUGAGGUCGUUUCUUCUGAGACCAGAACUCACCUGAGAGGAGASCAGAGGACUCUGGUGGCUGCAGGUCUCUGGCAGACCGGGUACCAUGCAGCCUGGAUGUACCAGAGGGAUGGARGGAGUUUCUCCAGCAGGGAUCUCCUCCUGGCGCUCGGCUGGCUGCUGGCUGCGGGGACYUUGGAGAAGCUCCUGACCCGGCGAGUCCAACAGCUGGACAAAACCCUGCUGACGUCAGUUCCUGUGAACUGUGAGUUCUCUGGUGAUCUGGAGUUCAACGCCGCCUCGCUGAAGAGACUUCAGUGGCUGAUUGGUCGUCUGAGACACCAGAGACGGAUUCUGCAGUCCACGAUACGAGCGCGAACACGAGCGCUUCACGAUGUAUUUUCUGCCAGCCAGUCCUCUUCGUCUCUGUCCUCUGCUCAGAGCUCUGCUGUUCUGCAGGAGGAAAAUGUUCGAAUGCAGCAGCUCUGUGAUCUUCUGGAAGCCUUUGUGAGCUGGAAGCAGGUGGAGAACGUCUUCUGGACCUGGAUGGACAGCGUGGUGGAUUUGAUGGAUCCUCGUAUCAUAAACUCCUCACAACCACCUAACGGGAGUCCGACAGUGUGUCUCAGMGUUACGGAUCGCCUCUCUCAGGAAGCUCAGACCUCACAAACAGGAAGCGCCUCCCUCCCGCCGCCUCCAUCACCAUCCCUCCCUGAGGUGUGUCGAGCCAGGCUGCGGGCUGAGAAGCCGGUCCGACGCCCAGCAGAGGGGCGCCUCGGCGGGACCGAGGGCCCAGACGAGCUCUCAGCGUCCCGGGCUGCGGAGCUGCUGCUUCAUGCUGAAUGUUUGCUGCUGCAGAGGCGAGAGAAACGUCGGCUGGCCAACAGGACGCAGCUGCAGGAGCUGAUCGGCUGUUUGGAUGAGCUGGUGUUCAUACCUUUAUAGACUAUUCUUUAUUGAUCUUUGUAUUCUGCAAAAAUAGACGUGUUUUCUUAAUCUUUAUAACUUUGAGGGGUGGAAAGUUCUGCUCUUCACUGGUUUGGUUUUAUUUUGAAAUAUGUGACCCAUCAUAACAAAAUGAGGAUUAAAGUACCUGUGACAUUAAA